ACAAGCACAGAGCCGACCACCGUGGAACGUUGCGAAAGAACGACGGCCAAUUUCUCACGAUGCUUACGGGAGCCCGAAGAGGCGCUGGAGGCGAUCACCAUGCUAGGAGCCCUGAGGUGGCGGAGCUGACUUGGCGGAGCUGAGAUGGCGGACCAACCUCAACGCCUGAGGUAGCGAAACGUCCCUGACGAGGGCCAACCCAUGGAACCAGAUGCUGGUCGGAUCAACGUAACUUUCCAAGGUCUCGACCCCCACGACACCACCGCACUUACCCAUCGGCUAAGGAACCUAUCCGUCGAUAGUGCCAUGCCUCGUUGGAUACAAUAGGAAACCGGGAUAGGCUCGCACGUAAGUCUCCACUACUGACCGGUCUCCACACCGUUCGCGCAGGCCCGUCAGGAGAUGACAGAAAGCGUGCCAUCCUCGGCUAGCACUCGUGUUACUAUUGCUACUGGGCCUCUGCACACCACUGAGACGCAAAACCCAGCCAGCAUCCUCCUUCAGUGCUUCUUCACGCUUAGGGAUGGUCCGAUAUAGAAGCCAAUCACAAGCGCCGGUCUCAUCGUCUGCUCGGAAGCCGUUGCAAGAUCUCAAGCUUAUAACAGAAAAUCAGGCCAGAACCUUCAACCCCGUUCAGAAGAUCAUAGAACUAAUCAGGUCAAGCCGCUCAUCUUCAGCGUCAGCACGAGAAUGCUUUCCUUCUCCGACCACCUAGCAACGUCACUUCGACUAGAGAAGCUUUCAUCGUCACCCCAUUGCAACUACACGGAUAUGUUGCAGCAUGGCACCGCUGUCGACCUUGAGAACCAUAAGGAGAAUCAUGCCACGACCGACCUCAUCGUUCCACCGCCGAGAGGUUAUUGUGCUUGCAUCGCCAUCAACACGUCGACCGGUCCUGAACCCUUGGAAGUCAAUGUGUGGCGGGCUGUCAACGAGGUCUUGUCUAUGCCGUGGCGCACUUCAACAGAAGCCCAUGUGACUGAAGAUGCUAAAGGAAAAGACACAAUCGUGCGGGCUCUGAUCGAGGGCUGGGAUGUCGCUGCCAAGUACCAGCCGUUGUCAGAUUUGUGGAUCAAACUUCGAUGUGUUGAUGAACUAUGCUUCAAGGCAUGUCCUCGGACUGAACGGUUGGCAAUACUUUGGAUGGUGAGUCUACAACUGCGGUACCAUUCCAAUCCCACCACCGAGCGCAGGGACAAGCUGCCUCCAUGGUACUGGAAGAGACCGUCUCAAGUGUUUCCUCACCCCUAUGCGAUCAAUCUUUUCGUCUGGCCUGGAGUCCGAGAACGUUUCGUUUUUGAACAACACAAAUAUUGCGACAACCAGUUUUGGAAGAGCUUCGCCCGUAACUUUCGUCUCCUGUGGUCUUCUGACUUCCAGAACACGUAUGUCAAGAACUUGACCACAGGCUUGUACGAGAUGUUGCCGUCGUUCGAGCAAAGUAUAUCAGAAAUCAGUAACUGGACCAUGACGGAGGACUUUUUCAACCGCUACCCCGAGUUCCGGGCCGAUAUCCCGCUGUUCCGCCCUGUUGCCCAACAUCUCAUUCGGUCUCCAACGUCGGCCGUUGUUGAUCCCAUACACCCCCAAUUAUUGCCUCAUCAAGCACUUCCUUCGCAGCCUAAUGUGUACGAGAAACCCCUACUCCUCGAGCGGCAGGCUUCGGCGGUGACGAAUGAAUUCGACCGUUCUAACCAUGGACGAUGCUCCUGCUCCCUCGGCGAAUGCCAGCUCGAGAUUUCUCACCAUCCAGAAUGGUCAAGACACCGCCCUUGCGUCGUUGAGAUAGACACGGCCGCCACCGAGAUUUCGUGCCCCGAACGCUCCGCGCUCAGUGGCCUGAAGCGAGAGGCAAACAGUUCUCUCGCUCUACACGGGCCGGACGCCUCAGUCGUGCCGCACCACAUGACGGCCAAUUUCUGCAAAGAAGGCUAUAGGCCCUGGAUAUCGAAUCUAAAAGAGCUCAGUCACUAGGUCUAUGGCGCUGUGGGUGUCUCAGUUGGCGGGACACAGCAGCUCUCCGGGCAGCCCAUCGCCAUGGCUCAUUCUUUUUCACCAACGGCCUUCUCUGGACACCCUGUACACUACGAACGUGAGUUUCUCAACACCGAACACAGACCUCCGGAACAGCUUUCAGAGUCACCGAAUAUCCAUUACUUCGCCGGUUAUACACAGACCACUGGCGAUGUUGACGUCGCCGUGGCUUGCGACGGUUUUGGCAAAUCGAGUGGGGACUCGGCCGGCGUCGCGGACAUCGAGUUCACCGGAGAUACGACACAGGCCUGGACUUCUGAGGAAUUUCCCAACCAAUACCCGAGGUACACAGACGCUUGGAGAUAUGGUGAGGAUCCAUCCUACACACAAGUGGUGACGCCGUACGAGUCAUCUCAAUUCCUUGGUUGGCGCUACUCAUCGUAGCCAGUCGUUGAUCACGACGGGAAAGCGGCAUCUGGCACCCGUGUUUCUCAUUGUUUUGCUUCCCUCUUCAGUCAAUCUUGGUACGCUCUUAAAAGGCAAAUCACCUAGUCUGAGGCCAGGACGCGCACGACCUUCAGGGAAAACGUCAGAAAUGAGCCAACCCAGCGCGGGGGUUUGGCCGUGGAUCCAACACCAGAGGAAAUGGCGGAAUCAGCUCGCUCAAGUCGUACAUAGACGGAAAUAUUGCCGAUUCACAACCCAUGAAAAUAAGUAGACC